GCCCAGGCCCGAGGCAGCCAGGCCGCAGCUGUGGACGCGUCUGCCUCCCGGUGGCUCCAUUGGCGCUGGCCGGCACUGGGGGGCUCAAUUGGCUGCCCGGCUGGCACUGACAUUCCCCAGGAGCCUGGUGGCAGCCGGAGGUAAACAGCCAUGUGCAGGCCCGCUCUCUAUAUUUAACAUCUGCCGAGGAGCCAGCAGGGAGGCAGAGAGCAGGGGCGGCUCCGGCGCUCCUGUCUUUGGGGGAGAGGGGCCUCGCGGCCAGGCUGGUACCAGCCCUUGCCAGGCGAUCGUCAACCAUGCCAGCCUCCCAGAGCCGGGCCCGGGCCCGGGACCGCAGCAACAUCCUCAACCGGGCCGAGUUCCUGUCCCUGAACCAGCCCCCCAAGGGGGCCCCGGAGCCCCGCAGCUCGGGCAGGAAGGCCUCAGGCCCCUCGACACAGCCCCCAGCCCCUGGGGACGGGGCCCGCGAGCGGCGCCAGUCCCAGCAGCUGCCCGAGGAGGACUGCAUGCAGCUGAACCCCUCCUUCAAGGGCAUCGCCUUCAACUCCCUGCUGGCCAUUGACAUCUGCAUGUCCAAGCGCCUGGGGGUGUGCGCCGGCCGGGCCGCGUCCUGGGCCAGUGCCCGCUCCAUGGUCAAGCUCAUCGGCAUCACAGGCCACGGCGUCCCCUGGAUCGGGGGCACCAUCCUCUGCCUGGUGAAGAGCAGCACGCUGGCUGGCCAGGAGGUGCUCAUGAACCUGCUUCUGGCCCUGCUCCUGGACAUCAUGACGGUGGCCGGCGUGCAGAAGCUCAUCAAGCGGCGCGGCCCGUUCGAGUCGAGCCCCAGCCUCCUGGACCACCUCACCAUGGACGUGUAUGCCUUUCCCGCUGGGCACGCCAGCCGCGCGGCCAUGGUGUCCAAGUUCUUCCUGAGCCACCUGGUGCUGGCCGUGCCGCUGCGCGUCCUGCUGGUGCUCUGGGCCCUGUGCGUGGGGCUGUCGCGGGUGAUGAUCGGCCGCCACCACAUCACCGACGUCCUCUCCGGCUUCGCCAUUGGCUACUUCCAGUUCCGCCUGGUCGAGUUGGUGUGGAUGUCCUCCAACACCUGCCAGAUGCUCAUCUCUGCCUGGUGAGCCGCCUGUCCACGGGGUGGCCCAUCGGAGGACACGGGGCUGGCAGGCCAGGGGGAACCGGGCCGCCCCAGCUCAUCCCCUCACCCCCAUCUUGGUUGGAGGCUGGUGACGUCAGGUGGGCCCGCCAGUGACCAUCCCAUCCCUCCCACUGUGCUGGGCGCCCCCUGCCCCCUUAAUCAGACUCUGAGUCCCUCUGUAGACGAGCUGGGGCCCAGCUGUGGGGACAGCCCUGCUGGGCUUCUGCUCUGGAGGGUACCAGGCCAGAACCACGCGGGGGGCCAAGUCUCGUCUUGUCCUUUCAUCACCACGACAGUUGAGUUCCUGGCUGUGCCCACCUCACCGCAGCACGAUGCCUGAUGAAAUACCCACAGCCCUCCGCCCAACACAGGUGCCAUCCCCAUUAACGGUCACCGACAGCUUACUUAGGGCAGUGCUUCCCAAAGGGUGCCCCAUUGGACACCCACCUGCAAGAUGCCUUGGGAAGAAAAAUGGUCUUGUGGUCAAACAAAUUUGGGAAAUGCUGCAUACACACUGGACAUCCACGGGGGCCGGGACUGUCAUAAAGGCUCUGACAAGUCCUGCAGAAAAGCUUCUUGUCAAACCUUGUUUAAUCCAUGUUUCCUAAACUUAUUUGACCACAGAACCCUUUUCUCACAGAACAGCUAGGAACCCUCCAAGGAACCGUGUUGCUCCAGGGACGUUUGGGGAGACGCUGCCCAGGAGCAGAAGGGCCUGAGGCAUGAGCUGGCCUCUCCUGGUGCCGGGCCCUGGAGCCCGGGGAGAUCAGGUGUCUGGGCUGCUGCCCACAGAAAGCCUUGGGCGGCGGUGCUGAUUUGGCCCCCAGGGGCCGGACUCUGAAUGACCUAAUAGGUCGUGUCCAGGUCAGCCGUGCCGGAUGUGCAAUUCACGUGACAAUACAGAUGACAUGCAGACA